AUGCCGACAUCCUCGACGCACUGGUCGUACGAGCAGCUGCACCUGCCGAGGGUGGUGCCCGCCUUCUCGCCGCAGGCCCUGCAGCACAACGUGCGCAUCCAGGAGCCGCCGCGCGUGCACUGCGUCCGGCCGCGGCCCCUGGCCAGGCCCACGCUCUUCCGCAAGUACUACGAGCGCGGCGACUUCCCCAUCGCGCUGCAGUUCGACGCCUCGUCCAAGUCCAUCGCGUGGAAGGGGAAGGAUAAAGUGCAAGACUUAGACUACCACCACUAUCUUCCAAUGUUUUUUGAUGGCUUGUGUGAAACAGAACAUCCGUACAAGUUUUUUGCUCGGCGCGGUAUUCACGAUAUGAUAAAAUAUGCUCCCCAUAAAGUCUUGCCAGUUGUACCUCAGCUGAUAAUACCCAUCAAAAAUGCCUUGAACACACGGAUCCCGGAUGUGGUUUGUUGCACAAUGCAGAUUAUCCAGAAGAUGGUAAAAUCAUGUGAUAUGGUGGGAGAGGCACUAGUACCUUACUAUCGCCAAAUAUUACCAAUGUUUAAUUUGCUGAAGCCAAUGAAUGUGAACACCGGAGACGGCAUUGACUAUGCUCAGCAGCGAGAUGAAAACAUUGGUGACCUUGUCCAACAAACGCUAGAGAUCUUGGAGCGCCAUGGAGGAGAAGACGCUUUCAUCAAUAUAAAAUACAUGAUACCCACUUAUGAGUCAUGCAUGUUGAAUUAAUGAUUUCAAGAACAUGCUUUUCAAAUUACUAUCAGCCCCAAGUUUCAACAUCACAGUAACAUUGUUGAGUUCAAUGUAAGAAGGCUGUAUGUGAACUCUAAUAACUGGUAGUGAAAUUCAUCAUGCGAGGCACUGAGCAACAUUUCUAACUUGUGCUUUUUGCAGUUAAGUAGAUACUGAUUCUGAUCUUGAAAAAUAAAUGCAUCUUUGUGAAAAAGUCCAUUAGGACACCAGAAAUUGACUAGUGUGCCAUUAUCAUGAAUAACAAAAACUCAUUUAAUUGAGUAAUGGUAAAGAGAGAGUUAAUAAAUAGAACUGAAAAGAAAAUCUUGGUUUUGAAGAUUCAUUUUAAUUUUUAUCAAUUGUGCAGGUCACUUAUGUUUGUAAUAAAUGUUUCAGCAAGCA